CGGGGCAGUCAGGCAGUCAGCAGCAGCACAGAGCAGCGGCGCAGCGCCCCCGCCGACUCCCGAGCCCGUUCGUAAUGAUUUUCUAAAAUGGCGUCACACGCACCGACGUCCGACACCGCCGCUGACGCGACAAUUGACAUUUCCGGCAACGUCCGCUCGUAGCGCGUUGCACAACGCGUACCGCCGCCGACGGUCGUCUCCACUGCCGCCGCCGCCGACCGGUUACUGGUUAGAUUAACGCACAGGCUCGUUCCGCGUUCGUCUCCGCCGCCGCCGCCGCCGCCGCCGCCGUCGUCUUGUUGUUUGUUAUUGUUGAUGUUAAUUGUUGUUUUUUUUUUUUUUUUCAGUUUAAUCUUUUAAAUUUAUUAUUUGCGUCGUCUCGUUUCCCCUCCGAAUUUUUUCACCGACCACCGUUUCGUCGGUUCUCGUUCCCCGUUCGUUUCCCUACCACUUGCACGGACGACGACGACGACGAUUCGACAAUCGCGGUUAUCUCGCACUCGCAACUUCCGCGGUCGGACGACGGUUAGCGCGCUCGUUCCCGACGAUCGAUAAACCAGUCUCGUGCGUGUGGUGUCGUCGCCGCCUCCGCGAUCGUCCCGAGUUUUCCACGCCGUCUUUUUCUCCGAUGACCGCGUUGCUCGCGCCGGUGUUACCGCGGUCGUCGUCGUCUCGGUAGUCAACCGCCGGCACUCCGGUCCGAGGUGUGCGCAGCAGCCGCCGCAAGUCGUCCGACAGCGUUGGACCAACACUCCGACUACUACUACACGAGACAUGGAUAAAAAAUGCAGAUAGAAAUUAAUUUUUGGUACGUACGUGCAUAGAAAUAAACAAAAAAAAUAAAAAUGGCUAGAAUGUUACAAGAAAAUGUUGUUACCUAUAAAACACCAGCUUUGGCACAUUUAUUUCAUUCAUUCCCACAUUUAAAUGUCAGUGGUCACCAUGUUAACUCUGCAUUUGCCCCAUGGAGUGAACUUUAUUUGGAAUCACUUGGUAUUCUGGGUUCUAUUCCUUCCUUGUGGUUGAUAAUUACCAUGUUUUUAUUGUUAAUUUAUCUUAUGACAAGAUGCUGUGAUCGAAAACCUCGACCAAGGCAUAGUAUUGUUGUGCUCAAAUGGACCUUAGCAAUAUUUACUGUUUUAUCAUGUGGUGCUGUUGGCGUUAGUUUAUAUGGAAAUGACGAUUUACAUAAUGGAGUUGUACAAUUUCUGACAUCAGCUAAAGCUUUGGAUGAAUUAGUAAUUAGUGUUAAAAAUCAGACAUCAGAUAUUGAAAUAUUGCUUCAAGUGAACAUUCAUGACAAACUAACAAACAUAGGUGAUAUUAUUGAUUCACCAGUUGCUAAUUUGACUGCUCGAGCACAAAUUGUCACAGCUCUUAGUACUUUAGUGGGCAAUGCAGCUUCAACUUUGACAAAUAUUCGUGGUAUCAGUAAUUCUUUACAUGGUGUAAAUCUAACUCCUUUUAUUGAUGAUGUGUAUUUAAUGGAAACAAUCAGAUGGCCGUUGACAAUGGGUGUUCUUAGUAUACUAUUGGUAUUCUGUGUCAUACUUUUGUUUGGAGUUGCCAGACAUUCUCGUUGUGCUCUAAUCAUGUUUUCCGUUUUUGGGCUGUUUGCUGUCAUCAUAUCUUGGCUUACUGCGUCUAUUUAUUUAACUUCUGCAGUUGCAUUGGGUGACUUUUGUAUGAAUCCAAAUGAAUGGUUGGAACGUGAUUGGACUCCAUCAUCUUUACGUCCAGAUACAUUAUCUUUUUAUACAACAUGUGAAGGGAGUAAUAACCCAACUGGUAGCACACGGACCAACCCAUUUAGUAUGGCUAUACGUCAAGCAUCAACUUCAGUAGAUGCAACUAAUUACCAACUCGAUAUUGUAACACGCCUUGCUACAACUUUAUAUCCUCCCUCAACUACUAGAGAAGAUAUGCCAUUAUUAUUACAAAAAAUGAGAAUGGAUGUUGAAAAUGCUGCUAGAAUGGUUUCUGCUUUACCUGCUUCACUUGAGUGCCGACAAAUACAUGUACAAUACAAUCGAGCUUUACAUGCAACUUGUGAUCUUGCCCUAUUUGGAUUGGCAUUAAUGUUAUUGGCCAGUGUAGUAUCUGGAAUAUUCUUUACAAUUUUGGUAUGGUUAGAUUCUCAUACAUGGAUAUACAUAAGAAAGAAGCAAGACUAUGCAAAAGCAGAAGAAAGAGAUCCUUUCCUGGGACGACCAGGAUCCACAGCAAGUAGUUCACAAUCUCAUGGACAUCAGAUGUCUACACUUACACGAAACCAAGGACCACGAGACGAAUAUGGAAUGGGUAGCGGUAUAGCUACGUUAAAUGGCCGUAAUGGUGGUUACAUGCAUGAAGGCGGUCCAUCAAAAGUUGGGCCACAGUAUGCUACUUUAAACCGUAAAUUCCGCACACUUGAACAUCCAGGUGCACGUGGUGCACCUCAUCCUCCACCAUCAUUCCGUGGUGUACCUACCUAUUCCAAUACUCUAGGGUAUAAUCGCAAACCUAAUCAGUCUAAUGAUCGUCAAUACUCUACUUUAAGCCGUAAAUGCAAAACACUAGAAUCGUCGGAUUUCUACUGAAAUGAACCGACCUCUGCCGAUCAAACACAAAUAUCGACUAUAAGCGGCAGUUCACUGUCAACAUUUGCAAGACCAACACCUGUACCUGACACUUCCUAUCAGAUUACAGAGUUGUAAUGGUUUAGCAAGUAUUAACAAUUAUUUUGUAUGGCCUUUUAAUAUUAUCAUACUAUCAUUUUGAAUUUGAGCACAGAUUAUUGAAAAUUUACAAACAUUUGAGGAGGAUGGAUAUUAAGCAAUAUAUGUCAUCAGUUUUUAAGUUUAUUUAUGGUUUUAUAGUUUUUUAAGGUCGUGUAUGUUAUUUUUUAUUUUUUCUUAACUUUUUAAAUAUUCGUUGAGUUGUUUUUAUUAUUAUGAUCUUGUGUUAAUUAAAAACUUCACAAAUUAAUCUUUUCUAAUAGUUUUACGUUUGUUUCUUCACGUAUUUCACAUUUUAAUGUCUUUGGGUUUAGUAAUAUUUAUAUAAUUUAUGAUGGUAUACUUUAACCCACUUUUUGUUUCUUCAUUUUUAAUAGAAGUGUAAUGCUUAAUGUGUUCAGCUUUCUUUGAAUGAUAAUAAUGACAUUGGAAUUUUUAAAUGCUUAAUAGUCUAUCCUAAAUCAUAGUCUAGUCAAUGAUAACUGGCUCGUUUUCAAUUAUGAAUUUGGUCCACAAAAAUUAAAGAAAUGUCGUUUAAUGUGUUUGGCAGGGGUCGUCCCAAAAAAAUUCCCAAUCAGAUAUUUUUUUUUACUAGUUCCUCAGAUUAAGAGAUUAAGUAAUCAUUAUAAUUCUUCCUUUUUUCAUAUUAUGUAAAACAAUAUUGUUAUAGAUAAUAAUAAUAUGUUUUUGUAAAUAAAUAAUUAGUAACAAACAUUUAGUUUUAUAAAAUAAUUGUAAUAUUCACAUGUACACAUUGUUUUAAUUUUGAUUUUAAAGUAACACAUAAGCUUAACAAUGUUUUUUCAUUAUUCAAAAAAUAUUCCAUGAGCUAUUCAUUUUAUUUCUAUUCCAAUAUUUAGAAACUGUGUUCUCAGUUUUAAUAUCCUUUGUAUUAUAUUUUAUAAAUUAUUAUAAUAUUUUUUUUUCAUUUUUAGAGUAUAAAAAUAUGUUAUUAAUAGGUGUUUUAUUAAAAAUUAUUAAAAUCAUAGUUUUUAAAAAAAAACUUACUAACAAGAUUCCACUCAGAAUAAUAACUUUCUAUGUAUUUAAACUAAUAUUUAUUAUUUUUGUUUGGUUAUUAACUUUAAAAUUGUAAAAAAAACUCAUGCAUUCUGUAAAAUGCAAAUUCCUAUACUAACAAAUCAAUUGGCACCAAUCCAAUCAUUCCAUUAAUUAA